GCUCCAGCUAUGAAUAAGUAGUCCCUGAAUCACAAAGAAUUACACUGUGUUCAUAUCUUAUUUACAAUUUGAUAUUGAUAACAUUUUUUUUUUUCAGACUCAGCAAUUUUUGAAGUAGAUUUUGUGUGAGCCCCUUUAAAGGAUGUUUUCUUUUAAGUCUGAUUUUAUUGUGGUAGUAUUGUGAUCUUGUACAAAAAAUGAUGUAAUGAAAUUUUAGGUUGUCAUAUUUAAAAGAUAAAUAUUAAGGACAGGAAAACGAAAAGGACUGGGAUAGGCACUGUUUGGGAUUACUCAGUACAUUUCCUAAUGUUAGAUUCACAUGUUACUUAACACCGUUUUUCAUAUGCUGAGGGAAACAAAAUUGUUGCUGUCUUUUUAAAUCUAUGUGCAUGCAGCACAAUUCUUCAACCCAGUGACACUAUUGAUGUCGGGGUUGGAAAAUAUCUAGCAUAACUGUUUAUCCUAUAAUGUUCGUUUAAUAGUUUGCUUGGAACCAGUGAUCUAGUUUACUAGUAGAAAGUUAUUACAUCAGAAUUACUGACACGUCAGGAUGACACCAAAGUUUAUUUUGAAGGUCUACACAGUCAUCUUAAUUAUUAAACUUACCAAAGCAUAUGCCUUGGGGAUAUUAUAAUUCAGUAUCAAAUUAAUAAUUUCCCAAACAGUUUAACACCUUUUACACAUGCUGAUUAUAAUCUUUAAUUAUCUUGUUUUUAACACCUUUGUGACAUGUAGCAGAAGUUCAACAAAAGGUAUGAGAUCUGUUAAUUAUAUGACAGGAAGUGGAGCAUAUUUGACUGGACAGUCAAUUUACUGCAUUAUGGUGAUCUCUUCAGACUGGUUCAAGUGGAGUGUAGGAGCAGACUAGAAAAUUCAUCAUUUUCCAGGUAACCAGAAGCAAUGGCCUCAGUUGAUGCAGCUAGCCAGUCAGGUGUGCCGGGAUAUGAAGCAGUAUUUGAUGCGGACCCUGAAAGAAAAUAUGUUUGUCCUGUCUGCCUUACUGUGAUGAAAGAUGCAGUGCAAACAUCUUGCGGACACAGAUUCUGCGAAACAUGUAUUCGUAAAGUUGCAAAUCGAUCAGGAAUGUGUAAAUGCCCGGUAGACAACACAUGGUUCGACACAGAAUUUGAGUUAUUUCCUGAUGUGGCUAUUCGUAGAGAAAUUCUGUCACUGAAAGUGAAAUGUGAGCAACACCACAAAGAUUGUACCUGGACUGGGGAACUGAGGGAUCUGGAGUCCCACAUGACGUUGUGUGAGUACAUAGAGGUUCCAUGUGAGUAUGGUUGUGCCGAGAAUAGCAUACGCAGAAAGGAUCUGUCUCAGCACCUGGAAACCUGUGACCUACGACCUGUCAGUUGUGAGCAUUGUAACUCGUCUACAACAUCUGUUGAUUUAACAAAACAUCAGUUAUUGGACUGCAGAAAGUUUCCAGUAGUGUGUUCACUAUGUGGUAAGAGUAGAAUAAAUCGUGAAGACAUAUCCUGUCACCUCAACGAAAAAUCUGGAGAUUGCCCUCGUGUCAUUAUUCCAUGUCCGUACCAAAAAUACGGAUGCCAAUUUGCUGGGCGUAGAGAAGUAAUGGCCAGUCACGAGAAAGAGGCUGCACAUUUACACCUUACCUGUAUGGAGCAGAAAGUCGAUUCACAGGACAGGCAGAUUUCUAGUCUCGAUAAAACUGUUCAGGAGUUAAUUGGAAUUUUGGAAAAGAAGAAGAUCAAUUUUGAGUCAGUGGUAUCUCAGUUAAAGGAAUCCCAGAUGAUGAGCUACAAUGGUAAACAGUUGUGGAAAGUCAAGUUAGUAUCAGGAACAAACAAGUACCGUAGCCGUUCCUUCUAUACUGGUUGCCCUGGGUACAAGCUCCACGUCUCACUGGAACUCAAUGGACACACCGAGUCUGGUCAAAGUUACGCGUCCUUAUUUGUCAUCCAUGAGAAAGGCCAAUUUGACGAGGAGCUAUUUUUCCCAUUUUCAGCCUCUUGUGGUGUGUCUUUGUUAGCAGUUCGACCAACUAGGAGUCACGAGACCAUUGUCACAUGUACCGCUGUUCCGAGAUGUAGAACUGAUACAGAAGGAUUUCGUUGUCAACGGGGACGCCUCAGAUUUAUCAAAAUGGAGGAGCUACUCAGUGAUGCAUAUUGUGUAGAGAAUUGUCUCUAUCUUGAAAUUAGCGCCCAUGUGUUUCAACUUGGUUCAUUCACAAGUGAGCACCAUACAGUUUCGAGACAGGUUCUAGGUACUCUAAACUGAACUUGAAAGAACAAGUGUGUUUCUGCAUGUGUUAUUUAAAAACAAAUGAAGUGACAAGUUUUCUGUUUUCUUCUGAUCUCAGUACUGUUUAAUACUCAGUGAUUUCAGGUCACAUUUAGAAUACAAAACAUUUUGAGAAGGAAUUAAAAGGUGUAGCUGUAGAUUGUGUAAUAUUCAAGGUGGUUUUAUUUUGGUGAAUAGAGUCAUACGUUUAUUCAAAAUGUGAAUGUAGGGUUUACGCAUGUUUUUUGGUGUUGUAACAUCUGCAGAAUCCCGAGGGACUGGUUUAGGCGAGGGUACCAAUGAUUCAUACAAAUGAUUUCUGAUGGAUUCUGAUGAUGUUAUAUCACAAAAUGAACAUUUGCCAAAGCUAUUCUAGCAUAAAACAUGUAAAAACAAAUAAACGAAUAUUAAUUCCAGCAAUGUCAUUGAAUUUCUAUGAAAUGCACUGAAUGUCUGCGUUACUUUUUACGCUGACAUCAUUUCCUUUUGAAUUAUCCGUUUUGGUGCCGUAAUGCAAUUACGCUUUGCCAAGGAAUGCGCAUAUUAUAUAAAAAGUUGUUUAUCAUGUUUAUGCAAGAAUCCCUGUUUAAACAAACACCUCUAUAAGUGACUAGAACAGCAGUUUUAACUAGAAUAUUAGGAAGGAAUGAUCUCCACAAAUGUGUUUUAUUAACAAUGGGACUAUGCAUUUAUUCUUAUUAUAUAAGUCAGUGAAAAAUGAAAUAUUUUAAAGCUACUUUUUCACGGGUUGGGUGAAAUUUUUCAACACCCUCAUUACCACCAAGUUUGGCAUAAUAUUAUAGUGAAAAAUGUUGAUUUUUUCUAAUUACUUAGAAAGCAUUACAAACAGUUUUACACUCCCUUCUGCACAAUUGUUUUGGUAAAUUUUAAGGAUAUCUUGCAAAAAUUGUAUGUCUAUAAGUUUGUACCAUUGAAUAAUAGUACUUUCAUAAUGCCAAACAUCUGAAAAGUGUGAAAGUGAUGCUUUAAGUCUCAUGAAAACUACACAAUCUACAGAAAUAAAAUUACAGUUAUUAUUGUAUUUUAUAAUAUUUUUCUGUAUAUAUCAUAGCAGUCUUUGUUAAAUGCACACUAUGCACCCUCCAAAUGAUUAGUUAAGGGAGAAGGAGUUAUAUUGAGAUCAAUUUUGGACUUGUGUAAAUUGUACUGUCAAUUAGAUUGAAAAUCACAGGCAUUUUGACGGAUUCUAUUUGUUAAAGCUGCAUGUUCACAGCUGGGUGAAAAUUUCUAAUAUCUUUAUUAUGCCCCCCAGAUACAAAGUAUAUUGGGGUAUAUUGGAGUCACAUAUGUCUGUCCAUCUAUUGUGUCUGCUUUAUAUCUUCUUAACUGCUGGGAAGAAUUUUAUAAAACUAAGAGUUAUGGUUAACCCAGGGGACAUGCAGAGUGCACAACCCAGGUCACUAGGAUCAAGGUCAAAGUCACACUUUGAGGUCGAAGGUCACAUAGCUUAACUUCAUGUUCUCGCCAUGUCUUAAACCGCUGGGAAGAUUUUCAUAAAACUAGAACAAUUAGUUUCUUUAUCAAGAAGACAUGCAAAUCAAACAACCAAGGUCCAAGGUCAGGGUCUCGUUUGGGGGGUCAAAGGUCAAAAUUGUCUCAGUUUUUUGUCUGCUCCAUAUGGGGGUCAAAAGCCAAACUGUUUGAAUGUUUUGUCUACUCCAUAAUUAUGGUCUAAAUUGCUGAAAAAAAAUUCAUAAAAAUGGCAUUGUCUACCACAACAAGACAUGCAGAGCAGAUGACCUACUUGUAUGUCACAUUUCACUCCCUGUAUCAAAGUGGUGUCUGAAGUUAUUUAAUGCCUUAAGUGUGUAGUUGAUAAUCCUUACUGACUUGAGGUCAUAGGGUUCAAGUUCAAGGUCACUGUAGCUUUUAGUAAAAAAAUAUGUUUCUGCUUAAUAUCUUUAGAACUGUUUCACCUACUGUCAAUGUACUUGUCAGACACAUAGCCCAUAGGCAGUGGAUUAAUGCUUUUCAUUUUGAGAUCAGUUGGUCAAAAUUCAAAAUCACAGCAGCUGAUUUUUAGGUUUCAUAGUCAAAGAUCAUGGCCACAAUCAUGCGAAGAGAUCAGAUCGUUUAUAAUGGUGCUAGUCAUCUUAUCUGUUUGUUUGCAAUUCAGUCUCUGCUCAAUAAUUUGAGAUUGCUUUAUGCCUAUGGUUCUCAGACUUGAUAGGCAGACUGCAUUUGGUGUAUUUUGCUCUUCAGAGCAUUGCUAUUUUUGUAUAUUUCAUUGUACAUGUAAAAUAAAGACAAAGCAUUCAUCACAUUUCAUUCAUAAAAGAUGUUCCUUCUGAGAAUUGCUUUUUAUAAUGUUCCAGUACAAACCUGUUCUCUGCAAGUAACUGCCAACUUCCCCACAUGAAUCAGAGAUGGAGGACAAAUGAUUUCAGACACAGUGUCUUUUAUCAAAUCGUCAUGGAGAACAUAUGCUUCGCCCAGUGCUCGAACUCACGGCCCUGAGAUCCAUAGAUCUGUGCUCUCCUUAUUGAGCUAAGCUGGCGGACAUUAUUAUGUCUCCC